AUUAGCAAAGUUGUGGCGAAUACGACGGCGAAUACCAAACAGCUGUUAGUUUCGGGUGAGCAUUCAACGUAUACGCGUCGUACGGGAGUAAUACUUUGUUGAUGCGUGGAAAUGCCGCUGAAAAACAUAAGAACACACAACGAACGCAAGAGUGCUUGAAACACGGCCACAAACAAUUGGAAUACAAAAAAUCAUCGAAGAAAAAUCAAUAGGAGCAUCUGGUAGGACACGAUGGUCUUCGAGGCGGUGGUAACGGAUGUCCUGAACAAGGUUCUCGGCGACUACAUAGAGAACUUGGAUCGCAACCAGCUGAAAAUCGGCAUUUGGGGAGGCGAUGUGGUCUUGAAGAACCUCAAGAUACGGGACAAUGCCCUGGAUGAGUUGGACCUGCCUGUCCAGCUUAUCUACGGUUACCUGGGUAAAUUGGUUCUCAAGAUCCCCUGGAAGAAUCUAUACAGCCAGCCGGUGGUGGUCAACAUCGAGGAUCUUUACGUACUGGUUUCGCCCAACAAUAAUGUGCAGUAUAACGCUGAAAAAGAGGCCAAAUAUGAGAUGGAUGUCAAGAAGGCGGCGCUGGAUGCUCUGGAGGCAGCUCGCAAAAAAGAGUUGGAAAAGGAUAAUCCCAAGCCCGACGCCGGCUUCACCGAAAAGCUGACGGCUCAGAUCAUAAACAACCUUCAGGUGCAAAUAACAAAUGUUCAUCUGCGAUACGAGGACACCACCACAACAGGCAGUCCCUUUUCUUUCGGCAUUUCUUUGCACGAGCUGGAGCUCUACACAACUAAUAACCUCUGGGAAAAGUCAUAUAUGGCCCAACAGGCGUCCCAAGUCUUUAAAAUAGCGAAUCUCUCCUGUUUGUCCGCCUAUUUGAACUGCGGUGGACAUCUGUAUGCGAACGAUAAGACCACACUAUCGACUCAGUUUCAGACUAAUAUUGCUACCAAGGAUUUAAAGCCCAAAAACUACAACUAUGUGCUGGGACCCAUCUCCUGUAAUGCCAAACUGAAGCUGAACAUGAACCCGGAGUUUGAUGAUCCGCCCUUUGAAAAGCCCAAAAUCGAUCUCACCCUGGAGAUGGAAAAGCUAAACGUUGGAAUGACUAACACGCAGUUCGACAACCUCAUGAAGCUUGGAGAUGCUAUGAACCGCCAACAACUGGGCCUUCCUUAUCGGAAGUAUCGUCCUUACAACUUACCCUACAAGGGUAACGCAAGGCAAUGGUGGCACUUUGCCAUCACAUCGAUUCUCGAGGAGGAAGUUAGGAAACCUCGACAGAGCUGGACUUGGAAUCACAUUAAGACGCAUCGAGAGCGCUGCCACACUUAUGCACAAAAAUACAAAGAGCAAUGCCUAAACAAGAAACCCCCAGCCGUGCUAACAGAAACCUGCCGUUUGCUGGAAACCGAAUUGGACAUAUUCAACUUGCUGUUAAUCAGACAGAGAGUCAAUAUCGAAAUAGCCAAGGAGCGAGAGGCAGUGCCAGAACAAAAGCCGGGCUGGUUCAGCGGUUGGGGAUGGGGUGGUGGAGCCAAAAAGGAAGAUCAAACCGCCGGUCAAAAGUUGGUUGAAAAAUUCGAAGCUGCAAUGACUGGAGAGGAAAAGGAAAAGAUGUACAAGGCGAUUGGUUACCAAGAGAACGCCAAGCCCACUGAUCUGCCGAGUAGCUAUGAGGCCAUUAAGAUGAACUUUAAACUAAUAGCUCUGGAAGUUGGAUUGUACAAGGACGAUCAAGCGGGUUCUGCAAGAUCACACGACUACCACCAGCUUCCCUCGCUGGUCCUUCUUAAGUUUUCGAUGGCAACGGCCUCGAUUACACAACGGCCAGCUGCCGAAGCCAUUAGCAUCACCGCUGGCAUGAAGGAGCUGAAGGUCACGGGACUUUCACGCAAAGACUAUACACCCUUGUUGGUUGAGUCGAAGAUCACCGACGAGUUUAACCUGCUGGACGUGUUCUUCGAAACGAAUCCAUUGGACAAGUUGUGCGACCAGCGCGUAAAGGUGUUGGCGCGACCACUGCAGAUUAUGUAUGAUGCCCCCACCAUCCUCGCUCUGAUCAGCGCAUUCCAGCCGCCUGGCGAUGUCACGCUUUCCAAGUUCGAGGAUGUGGCUAGCACGAAAAUCUCCAACUUUAAGGAGCGCUCGGCCACCGGAAUGCAGUACAUGAUCGACAAGAAGGCGGUGCUGGAUGCGGACAUCAUGCUGAUGCCAAACAUACUGGUCCUGCCCCAUAAAGGAGUCUUCGAGGCGGAGAACACAUCGCUUCUGGUUCUGAGCAUGGGCCAGGUGCACGUGUACAGCCAACCGCGAAAGGAGUCGACCAAGCUGGAGAAAUUGUUCGCGGCGGGCGAGGAUAAAGACGAGAUCCUCAAAACGGUGAUGGAAAAUGCGUAUGACAGGUUCACCGUCGAGCUGAACGAUGUGCAGAUGCUAGUGGUGAAAGCUGGGGAGCCGUGGCAAAGUGCGCUCAGGGAAGCCAAUUCAACUGAGAUGCAUGUUCUGCGGCCCGUCUCCCUGAAAGUAACUGCCGCUCUCUGUGUGGUCGACAACGAUCCGAGACUACCGAAGGUUAAGGUAGACAUUGACCUUCCAGCGAUCCUGGUUAACGUGUCAGAGGACCGCGUAUUUCUGGCUAUCAAGGUGGGCUUAAGCAUUCCACUGCCAGAGCAAAAGCAAGAGGAAGGAAGGCUGACGCUAACCAACUCGCGAAGCUCGAUGUCUAUAUCUAACUUCAUAAAUAAGGAAGUCAAAAAAAUUGGUCCCGUGGCUUCGCCUGCCCAGUCUAUCAAAACCUCGUCUCUAGACGAGAUCACCCAGUACACCAACCUGGAUGUUAACUUCUCUCUGGGGGAGAUCAACUUCGUCUUGUUCCAGUCCAGUGUACGGAGCGAUUCUACCUCCGACGUAUCCAUCGAGUUUCUCACGCCGGAAGGAGAACACCUUCCCUCGCAGCUGGCUGCGCCUCAGGAACCGGCUUAUGAGCCACCACCACUUCAAACUCCCCCUCGUCAGAUUCUCUCUAUCGACAUUCGCCGCCUAGAGGCUCAUUUUGUUUCGCGAACAUACGAGUCUGUGGCUACAGUCAAGCUUGGGGACAUUAACCUGCGACAGUAUGGCUGCAAUGACGCUGACAACGAGGUGCUGGACGUCAUCCACACGCCGAAAAAGGAGGAUAGCUCCAACUAUCUGUUCACCGUAUCGUGCACCAUUGCAGACAAGACAUCGCCGGAAUUCAGCACCAAGUACAACUCUACAGAACAGCUGGUUGUGGCAAAGUUCGAGGUGCUUCAGAUUGUGCUGCACCAGGAGUGCCUACUACGAAUCUUGGAGGUUGUGAAUAAAUUCCAGAGAAAUCUUGAUGUUGUAAUGUCAUACAGUCGGCCAAAAGAUCGGAUGGGCUCUAUUGGCGGCGGCGAUGGCUUUAAAAAGAAACUCAAUGUGAUCCUGGAGGAUACUGAAGAAAUGAUGACCACCAAUCAAAUGAAGCGCCGCAGAAAGACGCGUCGCGAUCGCGUGGUAGAGACUGUGAAGGUGCGUGUAAUUGCAAACCUGGACGAAGUGGGCCUGCUGCUAACCAGCCGGAGCCGGCCAUUGGCCGAGAUGAAUCUGAAGAAAUUCGUAUCCAGUCUCAUAAUUAAGUCUUCCUACACGGAAGUAAAUAUUGGCCUGAAGGACAUCCAGGUGUUGGACCUGAAUCCCUACACUAUUCACAAAAAUAUCUUGAGUAUUGUCGGCCAGGACGCGUUCAACUGCCAGGUGGUGCUGUACAACAAAGAGGAGACUCUCGACUACAAUUCUGAUGACAUGAAAAUCACCGUGGACAUUGGCUGCAUGAAGAUCAUCUUCCUAAAUUGGUUUGUCUCAGGCGUAAUGAACUUCCUGAACAACUUUUCAGAGGCCCAGGCGACCAUUUCACAGGCAAGCCAGGCGGCUGCAGAAUCCGCUCGCCAGAAGGCAAUGGAUGCCUACGAAACGGCCACGCGCAUGAAGCUGAAUGUCCGCAUUAAGGCGCCCAUUAUCAUUGUGCCAAUUGGCUCAAACGACUCGAAUGCCCUGUCACUUGAUCUGGGUCUGCUGGAGUUGACGAACAACACUGUUGAGGUCGCGGUACCCAAUGAGGAACGCCUCGCUGUUAUAGACGAGAUUAAGCUGCACAUUUGCGAUGUGAAGAUUUCCAAAGUAGUCUUGCUAGAUGGCAACGAGUCGACUGCGGAUGAAUUGGAUGCUGCUGUGGGCUAUUUUUCGAAAUUCAAUAUGAUGAAUCCAAUGAGUUGCACUUUAUUGGUUACCCGUAAUUUGUCGUACACCUGGUACAGGGAUGUGCCCGAACUAAAUCUUUCUGGUCGUCUAAAGUCAAUUGAACUCACUCUCUUCGCGGACGACUAUGCUUUGGUAAUGUUGAUUCUUAAUCGAAAUUUAAACGAGGGCUUGGAUGAGUUUCCUCCAAGCGAGGAGGCAACACCAGAACCAAAGUACCGUUUCGAAAGACGUUCAUCCCGUGUUGAGCGCACGCCGAAGCACAUCGAAGCUACUCCAAAACGAGAGAAGAUUCACGAAGCGAUCAAGUUUAACUUUCAGUUUGACGGUGUGAUAAUAAAUCUGAUGGAGGCUGAAGACGCCGGACUCGCUCGGUUUGGGAUAUAUUUCCUAUCCAUUAAGGGCACAAAGCUGGACAAUGGCACUCUGAGCACCUCGGUGGUUCUCUGCAAUAUCCAAAUGGACGAUAUGCGUAAGAAUUCUAACAGCCAGAUCCGUCAGUACCUUAGCCGCAAGGAUUGGGUUCAGCCAAAGUUGGAGGCGGACGAGAUCAUCGAUGCUUGCUAUAACGAACGCAACUUCAUGGUAGAUGUGACUGCCAUAAUAAAGGAGGACGACACAUUUGCUGAGGUCCGAGUCCGUGGCUUCGACCUGAUCGUCUGCAUCGACUUUCUGCUAAGAUUGUCAAAGUUCCUUGCUCUUCCACCGGAUGAGACCUCGCCUGAAAAUUCAAUUGUUAAACCAUCCUUGGUUGCGGAAACGGCGCAGGACGCCAGGGCAACGCUUCGCUCCUCCGCUAAGCUUGCCGCCAGCGAACUUGUUCCUAUGGAAUCAACCAGUCCUAUUGCGGCACCAAACCGAAAGAUGAACCUCAUACUGCACAUCGAUGAACCAGACAUAAUAUUGGUGGAGAACUUGGAAGAUCUGAACACUAGCUGUAUUAUUUUCAACGCACAAGCUCAUCUGAAUUACCGCAGCAUAAAUGACAAGCAGAUAAUAAACGGGCAGAUCGAUGCCCUGAAAAUGUACAUGUGCGCUUUCCUUCCUGAGCGACGAGAGAUGACUCGUCACUACAUUCUACAUCCAUGCGUUAUUAGUCUGCAGGGCUCCACGCCCGAAGAAGAGGGCAUGCACAUCAGCCUAAAGCUGAGCGACAUUAUCAUCAACGUUUCUCCGGCCACCAUUGAGCUGCUGAACAAGGCGAUGGUCAGCGUCACCAGCGGGACCACGGCACAGGCCGUCAUUGCAGAGGAGUCGCGCAACUAUUCAAAUCUGUGGCAUCCACGACAUUUCCAUAACCGCACCUACUGGUUCACUAGACCGGAGAAGGCCGUCGAAGCCCUGGAAAUGGAGAACAUUAGUAGCGACAGUUUAAAGCAAAAAACGGAGAAAUGCGUAAUAGAGAUUCCCAGCAUCACGCUCGUGAUCGAGUCCGGCGUUGGCUACUACACGAAGCCACUCAUCUCACUGGACACGCGCAUCACGGCUGUGUUCAACAACUGGAGCCGUAAUCUCACCGCCCAGGGCUCGUUAACACUAAAUAUGAACUACUACAACCAAGCACUUGCCGAAUGGGAGCCCAUAAUUGAGCUGAACGAAGUGGUUGGCCGCAACGGUGUCCACGAGUACACGCCAUGGGAGCUGAAGUUCGAAAUGGGCAUGGAGAAGGUGCAGAACGAAGCGGAGGACGCUGGUGAGCAGCAGGCCAUGCACAUGAAGAUCAACUCGGCGGAGACUCUAGAGAUAACCUUGAGCAAGACGUGCCUGGGUCUGCUAAGUGAACUGGCUGAGGCCUUCUCGCAAGCCAUCGACCAGAAGGGUCUGACCAAGCCAGAGAUUGUGGCUCCUUACGUGGUAGAGAAUGAUACGGGCUUCGACGUUAACUUGAACUUGUGCAAGGGCAUCUUUACACUGCACGAAGUGCACCGCGGUGCCACGCCGUCAGGUCUAAGUAGCACCCUAGUUUUGUCUGCCAACGCAGGGCAGGUCGACCCCAACGAAAUAAAAACCUGCACGAUUUCGUCGGGCGGAAGAGCGUAUUUGCAGACCAAGGACUUGAGCACCUUGUCCGAUGAGGAUUCCGAGGACUACACUCUCUAUGUGACGAUUGGCGACAUUGACAAGGAGAUUGCACUUCCAGUGUCAAAAUCGGAUACCCGAUACUUUAAUCUAAUGCGCAGCACUUCUAAUCAGCCGUGGGGCAUAAUUUCCGAAGUAAAGCAGGAGUAUGGCACCACUAAGCUCAAUAUUCACGGAGUUGUUAGCGUUCAUAAUCAUUUUACGAAUAGUAUAAACAUUUAUCGACGCAACACCAUGCCCACGGCACAGAGUUUUGAGGAUAUUUUCGUGGGACGUGUUCGUGCUGGCGAGGUUUUCCAUGUGCCACUGCACGCCAUCUACGCGGAACCCAAGGAGCUUCACUUCUCGAUGCGCGGCUACAGAACCUCAGUCCAAGGCAUUUCGUGGGCUGCCAGCCCCUCGGACCUUAACUACUCGCACCAGCUGCAUUGCGGCCCAACCAAGACAUUUGAGCCGCUCUUCAUCAACGCCCGGCGAAAGAAGACGGAGGUCUACUUUGAGAACACCUCCAAGUACACGCUGCUGAGCGCCACUUACACAAUUCACCUGCGCCCGCCACUCUAUCUGCGCAACUCCCUGCCCAUCAAUAUCAAAGUGUCGGUGGCUGGGUGCUCGGUCCGCAAGGAGGAUGGAUUGGAUGCCCAAUCGUCGCAGCGGGUAGUGGACAGGGGUUUCAACAAAGAAGACUUCCUCGACUAUGGCGAAAAGGAGGUCAACUCAGGCGAUGUGCUUCAUCUGCCCACUGUUCGAUUGGCCGGAAAGAACAAGGAAUCGAAGAGCUUUCUGGUUGUUCGGUUGGUUCAAUACCUGGAAAAGGACUGGUCCUGUGCCACCGAGGUCUGGGAUUUCAGCGAAGAUGUCGUCACCUGGACGUUCUCAUCAUACGACUCUGAAAUGCAGGUGGACAUGGAUCUCUAUGUGAAGUCGGAGAACCGGCAUGGCAGCCUAAUGCUCACCCUCUACAGCCCCUUCUGGAUGAUAAACAAGACGGGGCUGAUGCUCACCUACAAAGCUGAAGCGACCUCCGUAGAAGUACUGUACCACCCUCCCGAAUAUUCGGGACCCAUAUUGUUCACGUUCCGCGACAAGCUCUUCUUUGAUAAGAAAAAGGCGUCCAUCCGCGUCGACAAUGGCAGCUGGAGUGAGAAGAUCCCGCUGGACGUGGCCGGAUCGAUCGGCGAGGUGUCCUGCGAUGCGAACAACCAGAAGUAUCCGAUCGGUGUUCACAACCACUUGACUCAGAACUCGCUGACGAAGCAGAUCACCUUAAUCCCCUUCUACAUUAUGUGCAACAAGUGUCACUUCGACAUCGAGCUGCAGGAGCAGAGCCGCCCGGCUGACCCCUGGAUUCAUCUAGAGCCGCAUCAGUUCGAGCCCCUCUGGCCGAGAAACGAUUCCAAGAACAAUCUGGUGGUGCGCGUGGAGGGCAAGGUGACGCCGGCCUUUGAUUUCACCGAGGUGAUCUGCACGCUUCUGAAGCUAGAGAACAGCAAGUACGGCGGCAUCAACGUGGACGUUCAGACGACGGAGGGCGGCGUCUACAUCACGUUUACGGACUACAAGCCAGCCGAUGCUCCCGGCCUUCUGAUCAACCACACUGGCAUGCAGGUUGUCUACUACGAGAAGGGGACAAAGAACGAGAAUAUCCUGAAUGCCAAGAGCACUAUAAUGUAUGCCUGGGAUGACCCAACAGGUCCCAAAAUGCUCGUUUUUGGCGCCAACAAGCAGGAGACGGAUCUUAAACGCGACGACAUUGGAGAGGUGGUCAUGCAGGAUGGCACUAAAGUUCUGUGGGUAUCCUUCCUGGACGGCCUGCAACGAGUGCUGCUUUUUACCGAAGACCAAUCUGUUGCGAAUCGAACCGAAACCACAUCUUCGCUGCAGUCCAUCACCCAGAGCAUCGAUCUGCGCAUUCACGGCAUCGGUCUGUCAGUGAUUAAUAAUGAAACGGGCCUCGACAUUCUGUACCUGGGCAUCACAAGCUCCGGAAUCAUAUGGGAGUCAAAGAAGUUGAGCAAGAAGCGCUUCAAGGAGUUCACCAUUCACGACAACGCGCUUAUUGAGAGCGAGUACCAGAAAUACCUGGUGCACAAGAGUGUAAACGAUGUGCAGACUUACAAGCUUGACAACAAGUUCCCGAUCGAUUUUGACCGAAUGAUCCUCAAGAAGACGGUGGAGCGAAACUUACAACGCAGCUUCUACCCUGCGAUUUCGGUGACGCGCAAUUCUUCGCCAUUCCAGAACCAGUUGCAUGUGAAGAUCAACCGCAUCCAGGUCGACAACCAGUUUAUGGAUCCAAUAUUCCCAGUGGUCUUGGCGCCAAUCCCACCGCCGAAGAGCGUGGCGAAUACCGUCACCCUCAAGCCGUUCAUCGAAUGUAGCAUGGUGCAGCGCAUCAUGCCCAAUUCGACGGUGCGGCAGUUCAAGUACGCAAAGAUCCUGAUCCAAGAGUUCCUGUUCAAGGUCGACUUGCUCUUCCUCACGGCCAUCGCAGACAUGUUUGCCAAGGAGACGUCCGACGAGACAGCGGCCAAGCAAUUCCGCCAGGACGUGGAAUCCAUUGAGAUGCCACUCUCCGCCUUCUUCGAAGAGCACUCGUUGGAGGAGCAGAAGAGCUUCUACGACAAUCUGCAUCUGGGCCCGCUUAAGAUCCAUGUCAGCUUCUCGAUGGCUGGCACGGACACAAAGGCGCUGCCCGGUUUUCUGGGCUCCUUGGUGCAGGGCGUGGGCGUGACUCUAACAGACGUUAACGACGUCGUCUUCCGACUGGCCUUUUUCGAACGCGAAUAUCAAUUCUUCACCCAGCAGCAGCUGAUCAACGAAAUCACCUCGCACUACACCGGCCAGGCGUUGAAACAGCUUUAUGUCCUCGUCCUUGGCUUGGAUGUGUUGGGAAAUCCUUACGGCCUGGUGGUAGGAUUAAAAACGGGAGUCCAAGACUUGUUCUACGAACCGUUCCAGGGCGCUAUCCAAGGACCGGGUGAGUUUGCCGAAGGUUUGGUACUGGGCGUGAAGUCACUAUUUGGCCACACGGUUGGUGGAGCUGCAGGCGCUAUGUCCAAAAUCACUGGUGCCAUGGGCAAGGGCUUGGCUGCACUCACCUUUGACGAGGACUAUCAAAAGAAAAGGCGACAGGGAAUUCACAACAAGCCGAAGAACUUCCACGAAGGCUUAGCCCGUAGCAGCAAGGGCUUGGUGAUGGGCUUUGUGGACGGCGUCACUGGCGUUGUAACCAAACCAGUGUCUGGGGCUCGCGACAACGGAGUCGAGGGCUUCUUUAAGGGCCUGGGCAAGGGUGCAAUCGGUCUGGUGGCUCGCCCCACCGCUGGUGUGGUUGACUUCGCCAGCGGCAGCUUCGAGGCUGUGAAACGAGCGGCGGACGCGAGCGAGGAUGUGAAGCGCAUGCGACCGCCGCGUUUCCAGCAUUAUGACUUCGUGCUGAGGCCCUACUGUCUAAUGGAGGCAACAGGCAACAAGAUAAUGAAGGAAACGGACAAGGGUAAGUUUGCCACCACGGACAAUUUUAUCCACUGUGAGGAGAUCAUCCAGAAGUCCGAGUACCUGGUAAUAACCAACUACCGCGUGAUGUACGUCCAACGCAACGAGAUGUUUGGCAUCUGGACGUCCCUCUGGUCGUACCUUUGGAUUGAGAUCAGCGACGUGUCUGGCACAUCUCUCGGAGUCCAGUUCACUGUCAAAUCGGAUGGCAAGAAGGUAUUGGGUCUAUUCAGCAGCAAGGAGUCGAACCGAAAGGUGGUCAUUCUGAAGGACGAGCGCAAACGUACCGCCCUGUUGGACAUAAUUGAAUCUCAGCGCGCGGAUCCCAAUCCGAAACGGACAACCCUCAGCUACCCGUCAUACCACUAGCAAGAGACCUGAAUUUAUUUCCCAGCUGUAUUAUAAUCCGAGCACAUCCCCACUGCACCAGCAACGACAUGGAAAUCUACCUCGAUCAUGAAGAUUCUGUCUGUCCAGGCACCAGACACCAUGCACCAUGCACCUGCACCAUGCUCCCAAUUGGAAAACUCACACUCACGUGUCGUACUUUUACGAUGUUAACAACCAUUCUGUUUUGAUAUUAAAAUUUUAUGUCAAAGUUUA